CAAAGGUUUAUUUGUAAAUAAAUAAGUUUAAUUUUUAAAAGGACUUGAGAUUUGAGAAAUAGAAAUAACUUGUAUAUUGAAUAAAGUACUGUUCCUAAUAACUAAAAAUACUAAAUAAUGGUUUGUGAUAAGUGUCAAAAGAAAGUCGGUACCGUUAUCACACCGGAUCCAUGGAAAAAUGGGGCCAGAAACACCACAGAAAGUGGAGGACGAAAAGUAAAUGAGAACAAGGCGCUUACUGCAGCAAAAAACAGAUUCAAUCCCUACACAACAAAAUUCGAAACUUGCAGAAUUUGCCGUCAAAAAACACACCAAGCAGGUUCUCACUAUUGUCAAGCCUGUGCCUACAAAAAAAGCAUUUGUGCAAUGUGCGGAAAGAAACUGAUGAGCACCAAGAACUAUAGACAAUCUUCAGCGUGAAAAGAAAACCAAAUGGCAAUGACUGCAUUUUGUAAAUAGGAAUUUAUAUAUUAUAGAUAGAAAGCUGAAUUCUGUCCCAAUCCAAGGACUACAAUCCCUGAUUUUUUCAGCUCAUUUGGACCUAUAAUUUCAGAAAUAAAAUCGUGUUAAGCAAUUUGGGGUGAGUUUGCCAUAAUUUUAAAUUACUUGCUGCAUUGAGCGAAAUGUGUUUCUAAAAUCAGGCAACACCGAGAAUUUAAUAUGUAUGUAGGAGAUAAAGAAUAAAUAAUGCAGUAUGUUUG